AUGUCGGGCGCCUUCGAUAACUGCACAUCAGUAACGCCUCAAUGCCCCGUGGAGGCAACAACCUACGGCUACACUCCUAACCUCGCUGGCAAUGUCAUUCUUCUUGCCGUCUUCGCUGCAUGCAACAUCGCCCAGGUCUUCUUGGGCAUUUGGUAUCGAUUGUGGGCAUUUGGCAUUGUCGUUUCAAUCGGCUGUCUUUGCGAAUGGCUUGGCUACAUCGGUCGAGUUAUGAUGCAUAGCAAUCCAUGGGACGACGUUGGUUUCAAGAUCCAGAUCGUCUGCCUUAUCAUCGCGCCUUCGUUCCUUGCCGCCGGUAUCUACCUCACUCUGAAGCACAUCAUCAUGGCUCUUGGCCCAGAAUACUCUCGUCUGCAGCCGAAGUACUACACUUGGAUCUUCAUCUCCUGCGACGCUCUGAGCAUCGUAAUUCAGGCUGUUGGAGGAGGUAUUGCUGCGUCCUCUGACGGUAGCGCUGCCGAUACUGGCGCAAACAUCAUGGUUGCAGGUAUUGCAAUCCAAGUCGCAACGAUGGCCAUCUGCGUCCUACUAGCAAUUGAUUUUGCCUGGGCUGUAUUCAGGUCUACCAAGAGCAGUGGUGCCAGCUCAGACGGAGCUUCGUUCGAGAAACCUCAUCAAUCCUACUCGACGACGAAGGGCUUCUACUUCUAUCUCAUUUGCACCUCCUUGGCGUUCCUGUUCAUCUUCAUUCGAUGCAUCUAUCGUCUUCCAGAAAUGGCCGGCGGAUGGGGAAACAAAUUGAUGCAGAACGAGACCGAAUUCCUCGUUCUUGACGGAGCUAUGAUCGCCCUCGCUUGCAUUUUGAUGAGUGUUGCUCACCCAGGCAUGUUCUUCCCAGACAUGCGCACGAAGAAGAGACAGACUUAG